CAAAACAUUCUUCUUCGUCAGCACACAGCUGAGGCUAACAAGGCCUCGUUAUCAAGAGCGGAUACUAGAAAGCGAAAAUGGCAGCAACGGAGGAGAUUCCAAGGCAUUCUGUCCACACACUUGUUUUUCGUUCCAUUAAGAGGACUCAUGAUAUGUUCCUUGCUGACCAUUCUGUACCAUUAGCUCAAGAUGAACAAAGCAACAAGAUGAAAAUUGCUUGUAAAAUCAGAGAUGAGUACUCAAAUCUCAGCAAGAAUUCUAAGACAGGACAGAAGCACUUUGGACAUCAAGAUGUUAUAGGUCCUUUGGCUAUUCAGCAUGCUGAAGAGCAAACAUUAGCAAUCAAAGGUCCUCAUCCAUUUCCAAAUGCACCAGGAGUGUCACUUACAGAUGAUACAGCUGAGACAGGAACGGGGCCAUCUGCUCUAGCUGUCAGUAAAUUAACUAGUUCACUUCCUCCAUCAAAUCACGAAAUUAAUGCUGCCAAAGCGUCGCAUGGAGUACAUGAGAUGAUGAACAAAGCGAAGGCAUCGGGUGGUGCUGAACGAAUUGAUGCACCAUCAAAAGCAUUGGUUGCAACUGGAGAAAGCAAGACGCCAUUUUCUCAAGGCAUUGUUCCUAGGAAGGCUCAAACAAUGCCCAAACCGGAAUGGCAUGCACCAUGGAAAUUAAUGAGGGUAAUCAGUGGCCAUACUGGUUGGGUCAGGUGUGUCGCAGUGGAACCAGGCAACAAAUGGUUCUGUACCGGAUCUGCGGAUAGGACUAUAAAGAUCUGGGAUUUAGCAACUGGAAAAUUGAAGCUAUCAUUGACAGGUCAUGUCAGUACAGUUCGGGGGCUUGUCGUUAGUCCACGGCAUCCUUAUUUGUUUUCCUGCGGUGAAGACAAGCAAGUCAAGUGCUGGGAUCUUGAAUACAACAAGGUUAUACGUCAUUAUCACGGUCAUCUCAGUGCUUGUUACUGUAUUGGACUGCACCCCGCCAUCGAUGUUCUCUGCACCGGAGGGCGAGAUGCAACAGUUCGGGUCUGGGAUAUCCGUACAAAAUCCUGUAUUCACACCUUGACGGGACACACGAACACGGUGGCAGAUUUAUUCUGUCAAAGUGCCGAACCGCAGAUCGUUUCCGGCAGUCACGAUUGCACUAUUCGAUAUUGGGAUUUGGCAAGCGGCAAAUCACGAGUUACUUUAACAAAUCAUAAGAAGAGCGUUCGUGCAGUUGUGGCACAUCCACUCCAGUAUACCAUGGGCUCUGCAUCAGCUGAUAACAUAAAGCAAUGGAAAUUCCCGGAUGGUAACUUCAUUCAAAAUUUGACAGGACACAAUGCUAUCUUAAACUGUCUUGCUCUUAACUCCGACGGUGUCCUGGUUUCAGGAGCUGACAAUGGCAGUAUGCAUUUUUGGGAUUGGAAGACUGGUUAUAAUUUCCAGAGAACCCAAGCAGCUGUCCAGCCAGGUUCACUCGAUAGCGAGGCAGGAAUAUUCUCAAUGACAUUUGACAUGAGUGGAUGCCGUCUUAUUUCUACCGAGGCUGAUAAAACCAUUAAAAUAUACAAAGAAGACGAAGAAGCUAGCGAAGAAACCCAUCCGGUUAGCUGGAGGCCAGAUAUUGUCAAACGAAAAAGGUAUUAGACCGCCUAACAAGAUGUUUUGAGUACAAAAUAGUGGAAGAAGAGGUUUGAAAAUUCAGUCUAACCUUUAGAAGAAUGACUGUAUAUUGAACAUAUCUGUCAGAAAGGUAAAGGCCACUCCAAGAAGGAUUAUGUACGGACACGUCAAGAUGAGGUUGCUAAUCGUGUUGAAGAAAACCAUUAACAGUUUCUAAUAAACCAUUUUAUUGUAAUAAUCUUCACUCUUGAUGAUAGCAAAAAAAUAUGAGAAGUAGCUCAAUCAACUUCUAAAAAAAAUUGCGAAUGAACUCUUUCCGGCCACUCCACUGUAUUAAAGAUAAGGCUUAAUUUUAAUGGAAAAUUAUAUUUUAUUUUCCAGUUUCC